CCGCAAGCGCCUCCCUCCCUCGCCGAGGAAGCUUCCGCCCGCUCGCCCAGCAGCCGCCUUGGUCGCCAUGGCGAGUCCCGGGCGCCGCGCCUCUCGCCUCCUGCUGCUGCUCCCGGCGCUGCUGCUUCUGCUUUGCGCGGGGCCGGAGAGGAGCGGCGCGCUGCACACCAAGGGCGCGCUCCCGCUGGACACCGUCACCUUCUACAAGGUAAUCCCAAAGCACAGAUACGUCCUGGUGAAAUUCGACACCCAGUACCCUUACGGGGAGAAGCAGGAUGAGUUCAAAAAGGUGGCCGAGAGUUCAGAAUCCAGCAGCGACUUGCUGGUGGCCGAAGUGGGCAUCUCAGAUUACGGGGACAAGCAGAACAUGGAGUUGGGAGAAAAAUAUAAACUGGAUAAAGACUCUUAUCCAGUUUUCUACUUGUUCCAAGAUGGAGACCUGGAGAACCCUUUGCCUUACGACGGGCAGGUGAAGGCCAGCGCUCUCCAGCGCUGGCUGAAACUCCGAGGGAUCUACAUGGGAAUGCCAGGUUGCCUGAAAAUAUUUGACGCCUUGGCCAGCCAAUUCGUAAGUGCCGCCCAAGAACCCGAGCUCCGCCAGGCCCUCUUGGAAAAGGGCCGAGAGCGUUUGUCCGAGGCCAAAGAGAGCGAGCGCAAAUUCGCCGAGCAAUACAUCAAAAUCAUGGGCAAAAUCCUUGCCCAGGGGGACCCAUUCAUCCCCAGCGAGAUCUCCCGGAUCACCAAGCUGAUCGAGGAGACCAAGAUGAGCGACGGGAAGAAAGAGGAGCUCUCCAAACGCUUGAACAUCCUGUCUUCCUUCCAAAAGAAGUCGAGCAACGAGAAGGAAGAACUCUAACAGGGCAGGUGAAGAGGGUACACGGCUCGGGGUGAGGUCCCAACUGGCGCUCCUUGAAGCAGGCAAAAAAACCUCCCCUUGCUGUUUCAAAGAGGUCGCAAAGCCCUUUUAAUAGCCCCCCCCCCUACCCAUCCCGCUCCUGGGGGGCAGAGAACACCCAGCUUCACUAAGGGGACAUUCAGACAUUACACCAUAAAACCUAAUAAACAAGGCGUUUUUCAAGAUCGUGAGAUUUAGAACUUGACUUAACUCGGAGCCUUAGCAAGCUGGGUUGGUUCCCCUCCUCCUCCCUCCUUGUUGAUUGGAAUUUGAACAUCCUAAGAAUGGGGCUAGUCCUCUAGGUGUGUCUGUGUGUGAUGGAGCACCAUUUGGUCCAGGGGAAAUGUGUUAGCCCAAGCUACGCCUGUCUCUUACUGACCAGUAUUCACCGAAAUCAGUUUUAUGGGAAGGGUACUUAAUUUGAUAAUAAUUAUAAAGGUUACUGGGGAAACGAAGACACAAAGGCAUCAUUUUUCUCUUUUAUCACAACUUCCUGAAUAAAAUGAAUCUUCCUGGUUGA